UUUGGUCUUUCCCACUAGACUCCCGAGGAGUUAGAGAGCGAUAAGCUGAAGUGUUUAUGUAAUAGCGUAUAAUAUAGCGCCUUUGGGACGCACAGGGAAAACAAACGAGGAGUACACCCUAGAAGUUUGUGACCUUCGCCAGCAUCACCUUUGUCCUGACGGAAAUGUAGACUUAUCCUAAACAAGGAUGGUUUGGGGGUGAUGUUAGUUAUAUGGAGUCUAGUUGGAACAGGGGACCUUUUCGAAAGGACAAAGGUGGGAGACCCAGUUGAGAAACUUUCAUUUUCUUCCCGCGGAAGAACAAGGCGGUGCCUGGGCCCGUUUAUUGAAAAGCCACGUUUACAGUCUGCGAUUUCUAAAAUCCAAGAUGCGCCUGUUGAGCACUUUGUGUGGGUGUAACCGCAAAGACGUCCGAGGGCGAGCACAGAGGUCUGCUUUGAUGAACUUACUUUUCCUCCUCUCGGUCGGACUGUCCUGCCAAGACUGUCCGGACAAAUGCUUGUGCUCUUUGCAAACUGUAAAAUGCCAAAACCAGGACCUGGACGCGAUUCCGCAUCAUUUACCGGUCAAUACCAAAAUUUUGUUUGUCACAGGAAACAACAUUUCCCGGAUUGAUGUGCAUUCUUUCCCAACCCAUAUGGGACAGUUAACAGAACUCCACCUCAGUGGAAAUGCGAUGGAGUCUGUGGAAUCAAUGGUAUUUGACAACUUGCCAAACCUUGUGCGGCUUGACCUGAGCAACAACAAAAUCCAGAAUUUUAGUGAAAGAGCUUUCCCCGAUGAUAAUAAACUGCAGGUCUUGAACCUCAGUAGGUCUUUUCACAAUCAUUACUCCAUGGAUGUCCUAAGUGUCCUAUGGAGUGGAAACCUCCGCCAGCUGAUAGUCUUGGAUCUCUCCAACAAUGACCUUGUGAUUCUUCCAGACAGCAUGAGCCUUUCUAACCUAGUUAAUCUCAGCCUACAGAACAACUCCAUCAUCUCUAUUCAGAACGGGACACUGAAGGUGCCCCCACUGCGUGACCUCGACCUGAGGGACAACAGCCUGAGAGAUCUGCCUCCCGCUACACUGGCAGUGUUCAGCUUGAAGCCUGGUCUCCACAUCCGGCUGGCGGGGAACCCCUGGCGCUGUGACUGCUUUAUUGACAACAUGCUGUUGUGGCUGAAAAACUCCACUCAGGUGCUUGACCAGCAAAGUCUGGCCUGUGCAGACCCUGAGACCCUGAGACAAAAGCCGCUCCUGCACGUACAGCUCUCACAGCUUAAGUGUGUGGGUGACAUGAAGGGCGUGCUGGAGACUUCAUAUGUUUUCCUGGGGUUGGUGCUGGCACUGAUCGGUGUCAUAUUUCUGCUGGUGCUCUACCUGAACAGAAAAGGCAUUAAGCGAUGGAUGUACAACAUCCGGGAUGCUUGUAGGGACCACAUGGAGGGGUACUAUUACAGGUAUGAGGUAAACUCAGACCCACGUUUGGCAAACCUGAGCAUCAAUUCGGAUGCAUAAGCCAGGAUGGAACACUGUCUGGGACCCUUCUGUGACAUAUUAAAUGAAUUAAGAUUUGCAUGAAAGUCUUCCUCUCCUUACCCCCUUUUGCCCACGAUUCUAUUGAGAUUUUACAUUUGUCGCGGCUUCUAAUUAAUCCCUCUCACCUCCUCCACUCAGCCAAUGCCAUGUCCUGUACAAGUACCUGGCAGCUGUGAUGUCAGCUAUGUUUAUUCAGUGUAAUGCUGCAUGGGCAAUGAAUCAUGGUAAAGGAUUCUUUUGGACAGUUGCAAAGAGCAAUAUGGUCUACUUUUCCUUUUCCUGAAGGAUAAAUGGAUGGAGUGCAUUGACUUUUAAAUGAGUGAAUACCUGGCAAAACCUCAUAUUGGUCAUUGCAUUUUUCUCUUUAUGCCUCUGCUGUAGAGAAAUGCUGUACUGCUUGUUUAUGAGUUCAUUGUUUUUAAUCUGUGAAUUUGUGAUAUACAGUAUGCAUUUUUUGAAUGAUUAUAGUGCACAUUGCAGUUUUUAGAUCUGUAAGUGGAUGUGAUUGCUCUUUUUUCUGUGAUGACAUUCAGCUAAAUAAAUGCCUCUGGAUUGAUGGUAUCUGUCUCGACUAAGGGCCUUUAAUCUUGCUGAAUAAUGUGAUCCAAAGGUUUUGAGGG